UUUUGCGCUGUGCGGUACGAACGAACGAACGUUUUUUUGUUGUUGCGUCUGCUCUUUGGAAAAGGUUUCGUCGCCUUAAUCUACGUAUCUACGUGUUUGUGUUUUUAUCACGACGUUGCUAUCUCCGGUUGGCCACUAAAUUAAUUGCCAAAGUGUAUUCCCCUCUCUCUCAGUGUGAGUGUGUGUCAAUUGAAUUUGUGUGACUUUUGAUUGAAUUAAAAUUACCAAACCAACAAGGUUCAUGGCAUACCUAUAGAAUAAUAGCAUUGCACAAUUAAUGGUAAUUAAGCCGUCUGAUUGUUUUUAAUUACGCGGUAAAUUUUUACAUUACAUCCAACACCUUCCCGCCCUCUCCAAACUCUCGUCUCGACUCACGUGCUAUAUUAAAAACGGAUUUUUAGCCCAAAACGAAACUUCAUUAACAUUGUGUCUAUCCAACUGUUUGUUGUCUGUGUGCUUGGGAAUUUUCGUAAAAGAGUAGUGAGGAGAGUAUUUCAUUAUCAGGCACUAAAAGGAUUACCAUAGCCGUUCAUCUUCAUCAGCAGCAGCAGGAGCAACAGUAACAUCCAUCCAACGCCCCCGAAAUAUUUUGCGAACAUUUCGCUGAACCAAACACGCUCUUGAGUGUUUACUUCGUCUACUUUGUCUUCUGUUUGUAACAGUUUUGCAUACACCGGAAAUACACAAAUCGUAAAUCUUGCAACAAUGAUGUCACAGCAACAGACACGUCGCCGCUUGGGCUCAGUUAGCGAUUCAGCUCCUCCAUCGGAAUCCAGUGAGGGGACCGCCUCCUCUGAGCAGAGGGAUGAGCUUAUACUACAUCCGGAUUGGUCGGCUGCCCAUUCACAUUCAUCGGCCCAGAGAAGCAGUGCCCAUGGUACAACAUCUUUGUAUAAUGCCUCCGAUAUUGAUGCGGACACCAUUAGCACCGACACCACAAGCAAUACAAAUCUAUCGGACUAUGAGCGUGCUCAAGUGGAGAGUUUCUUUGGCGGCCUUGGCACUGAGAUCUUUGUCUGCGGCGCCUUGGCCAAUUUGUAUGAGGGCACUGGCAAUGAUGGCGAUUGGCGUUUGGUCUUCACGGGCAUUCCCGUCAUCCUACACGACAAGGGCAACUCUCGGGCCAGGACCAUUCCCAGGGUUACUUUAGUUCUUGCCGAGCGUGGCUCUUGCUUUGCCUUGUGGUCGGAUCGUAUUGAUAAUCUCUCGAACUAUCGCAUUGCUGGUCCAUCAUUUCACACAAUGUGCCUAUCGACAAAUCAUCAGCAAAUGAUCGGUUUCAGCUUCGAUUCCACAGAUGCGGCCCGUGAAUUGUGGCAACAUGUCGAACGUUUGGUCAGUGAUCCUGAAAAUAUUGCUCUCUCGGUUCCCGGACGCAAGCAGAAGAAACAGAAACGUGUUAAACCGGCUCCGUUGCCACCAAAAUCCCAAAUAUCACAUCCCUGUCAGUUCCAGCAUGUGACUAGUGUGAUCAAAGAGGAUAGCGAACGUUAUUACAGCAUGCAGGCCUUUGGUCCACAUAAUCCUCAACAGCAUCGUUGAGUAGGGUCGGGCGCGUGGAUCUGGAACACGAGCGCCCUCUGGUGGCAGAAUUGAACCAACAAGCGUAGAAUUCAUCUCCCGCCACACACACAUACAAAAGUUGAAAAACCCUCCAGCGAUUUUUAGUUUAGUUAAAUGAAAAUAUUAUAUACCUACAUAUAUAAACGUCUAGAUUAAAUAUUUGUUAUACCAAUGUGCGAUUUGGGGCACAUUUAUCUGUGAUACGAUUUAGAUUUAUACACACAUACAUAUGUACAUGUAUAUGUGUCUAUAAUCCAUUAGACAUUUGACAAUUUUUGGGUAAAACAAUUAACAGUUGCAAAAGUAAAUAAAGUCUAAUAUAAAAGUCAAGUUUUUUGUAAUCUUUUCUAAUAACCAUAAUCGUCAUCAUAUAUGCAUUAUUAUAUAGUCCCUAUACAAAAUAUAUAACUGUAUCUAUAACAUAUGUGUCUAAGCAUUCUAAUACCUAAGCUUGUUUUAGCUUUCGUUUUCUAUAUAUUUUAUUGGUUUUCGUUUCAUCAUUCUAUCGUAUAUAAGUACUAUAUAUGAUCCACGAUUCAUGAUGAUGUCUCAACUGAGAAAAAAUCUCAAUCAAUAUAUUUGUUGAUUCCAUUUCUAUCAGGAUCCUAGAAUAUCUGCAUACAAGAAAGUUGAUUGAUAUAUUGAAUGCUUUGAAUGAUUGUAACAAAAAUAAAAAUAUUGGGCUUAAGAAUCAAACGAACCCAUUUUUAAAUAUAUAAUACAUUCAUAUAUCUGACUACUUAUGUAUAGCUCUAAGCAUUUACACUAUAAUGAAAAUACAUAUUGUAUAUCCUAAUCAUAAUCAAAUGAUAAAACGACAAGCAACCACAAAAAAAAAAA